GGUGGGGUGAAGUGGGGGCCCUGGGUGGGCGGUCCAGGAGACAUAGUCCUCAGGUGCUGCCUCUCCUCCCAGCCUGACCCUGUGUGGGCUUCGUCCUCCUCAGGGUGGCCCAUGGUAGUCCCCCUCCUCACUCUUUGUUUCCCGUCCCAAAGUUUUUUUUUUUUUCCUGCUCACACCAGUGAUCUCCACACCUUAGGAGUCCUGUCCCAAAGUUCUAAGGAAGUUUCCAGAACUGUGUCUCACCAUACCAUUUUUUUUUUUUUUUUUUUUUGCCAGUCAGUUUGAGCUUAUAUGGUUGCUCAGGUUAGCCUUGAACUCAUGACCUCGCCUUCGCAAGCACCACUACCUCCGGCCGGAGCCACUUUGGACCCCGCACCAUACCAUCUUGAGUCAGCCUUGGCUCAGUGUCCAUCUCACAGGCCUGGAAGGGGCAGGAGUCAGCCUGUCCAGACCACAGAGCCUGAGUGUGGGGAGGGCUGCGGUCUUAGGAAGGUAGCAACGGGUUGUUACCCUGAGGCAAGAAGGCUUUAGGGCAGAAAGACACCACAGGUGACUGUGUGGGACUAGAAGCACAGGAGAGGCCUGGGAGAGGAUUGGCCCACAAGAGCUGACCCUCCCUGCCAGCCAGGAGGCCUUGGACAGGCUCCCGGGCAGGAUGGCCCUUGUGCAUGGAGCCCCUGCGAUCAGCUGAGGCUGGCAGGCAACAUGUUUCCUGAAGGAGAAAAAGCUUGGUGGGGCCCAGUGUGGCUGGGGUUCACUUGGACUCUAUUCUAAAGGCAAAGGUAGCUGGGAAGGGCUUCUGCAGAGGAGGGUGCAGCGGGGGUUGCCAGGAACAGCCUGGCUCAGGGCAGGGAACAGAUAAGGUGGGUGGGGGAGUCAGCCCUGAGCCUGGAACUGGCUCCAGCCUGACACGAGGGUCCACAGGGCCUGCUGGGACCUGCUGAGCAUGCAGGGCCCUGGAGAAAGUGGGACAAUGCAGCAGGGGGCACACCCACAGCUGGAGCCGACCCAGAUGGACAGCUUGGGCUCUGCCACAUGAGGCUAGGCAAGGAAGGGGCAGGAAGUGGUGAGGCGGUCCCCAGCUGGCUGCUGUCCCCUGCUCAGGCUUUGGUUUCCUCCCUGCCAGCCUGGCCUGGCUCCCUGUGGUAUGGUCAUGCCCCACGAACCCCCUCCACUGAGACAGGGCGGGGAGAUACCCAGGCUGCUCUUCCUCUUCUGGGCCGAUCUCUGAGCAGCAGUCGGGGCUCAGCGCUCCCCAGCUCGCCUUUACACACAGCCCGUGCCACUGCAGACACCAGCAUCAUGAAAGACGAGGUGGCUCUUCUGGCCACCGUCACCCUCCUGGGAGUCCUGCUGCAAGCCUACUUCUCUCUGCAGGGUGAACUGCAGCGAGUACUUCCCGCUGUUCCUCGCCACGCUUUGGGUCGCCGGCAUCUUCUUUCACGAAGGGCUACGCGCGCUCCGCGCACCUCAGAGGCGGGGCCUUCUCGCGCCACCGCCCGGCUGACCGCCGCCCGCAGGCUGGCCCCGCUGUACGUGAGCGCGCGCGCCCUCUGGCUGCUGGUGGCGCUGGCUGCCCUCGGCCUGCUCUCCCACUUCCUCCCGGCGGCGCUAUGCGCCGCGCUCCUCGAACGGCUCCAGACGCUGCUGCCGUGGGCCUGAGACCAAGGCCGCAGGAGUCGGGGAAGAAGAGCCGGAGCCUCCAGCCAACCCUGGGAGGGGCGCUCGCCUCCGCUUUCUAGUCUCUCAUUAAAGUUCUCAUGACCCCGCCAA